AUGGAUCCCUUCGGACGCCUCCCUUUAGAGAUUCGGGAAAUGAUCAUAUCGAAUUUAGAAAUCGGCGGUUUUUUCUGGUAUCUUUGUCGAGCAUCCCCCGUUUUCUGGCGCCAACUCAAGACGAGCAAAUUACUAAAAACGUGGGACACCCUUAGAAAGGAGCUGGGCUAUGAGAUGUUUCGGCAAGUCUUGAUGUUUGUGCAAUAUUUGAAGAUUGAGGAACCCAUUCCACAGGAUGAAGAAAUGGAUGUGCGGGGAAUGCCAAAAGUCUACUUGCGGGAUCCGCUGUUCACCCCACAGCAACAUUUGAUUUUCGAGAUGCAUGACAGGUACCAAGGCAUGCUCAACUGCUUUGCGUUGGGUCCUGCAUUGGUGCCUCUCUAUAAGGAUAAAUAUGCUGACGUCUGCCUUGGCAAGUUCAGCGAUUACCUUGCUAAAUCUUUCGGAGAACACGGGGAACAUCUUCCUACUGUAAUGCCUCCGAUUGAGCCCGGAAUGGGAUACAGGAUCUUCUAUCUUCUCCUCGCCAUCGAGAUGAUGGACCAAUGUCCAUCAGCCUUCGUGACAAGCCUGAGAGAGCCUCCGAAACAACGAUCUAUAAAAGAAGAGCGCUCUCUAAGGCUUGUUGAUGGCUGGAUACGGAAGGUUCCAGGAAGAGUUUUAGGCGAUUAUAGGAGGUUCUAUGGCCUGCCCGAGGAAUCUGAGGAAGAAGAAGAAUAUGAUGAUAACGGGGAGGAGGAGGAGGAGGAGCAGAGGGAAGCAGAAGAAAUGGUGUUUAUUCAAUGCUAG